AUGUCACAGAACCCUAUUCAUCAGGCUCAGGUAGUCAUGAGCAACAAUGGCCCUCAGCUUCCCCAGGCCGCGCAGCUGGCCCUGGCUGAAGCAAGGAUAGCGAAGCUGAAAAGAAUAAAGUUGGUGAACAAGAUCACAGCAAGAAUGGGUGGCGAGAUGGGUGAGCAAUUCAUCCAAUACGACAUGAACGGCAAUGUCCACCCUUAUCGUUUUGGCGUCCCAGCCUCGUUCCCUCCCGACCCAAGAAUACAAGGACCAAGUGUGAAGUACGCUUCCCGCUACUUCGACUCGACUCAUCUGGACGAGGCACAAGCCAAGUACGGGGGUCAAAAGCAUCCCAAGGGCUACAACAUCCGUCUGAAGCGUAUUUUGGGAGCAGGGGGCUACGGGUUCGCAGCUCACAUUACGCACAAGAACCCCCAAAACGGCUUUAAUACUGACUGCGUGAUCAAGAUUGAAAAGUCUCGUCACCACGGCAAUUCGGCGCUGGCACGAGAGGAGAAGGCUCUCUGGAAAUUCGUAGGAGCACAGCAUAUCCUGCAGAUAUCAGAUAUCACUCGAGAAAUCCAAGCACAAAGGGCUAUUGACCUGACUGCGUACCGAAACAGCCACCCCCCUCCACCAGCUGGGGCCAGGUUGCCCGAUCCAGAGACCCAAGACAAGAAUUGGAGUCUCAAGAACUUCGAAAAACAACCCAUUCGCAACUUCCUCAUUCUCGAGAAUGCCAAUCUUGGUGACCUAGGCUUGUGGCUCAGCAAGUCUAGCCGUAUUGGGCAGUGUUGGCCUCAGAGAGCCAUCUGGAUGCUCUUUCAAAGUCUCGUCCUCGGUCUGGUUGAUUGGGAAUAUCAGAAGCCAAUUGACGAGGUGUUCCCCGAUGACCCAAAACUCGAACUCCAGGAAACCGUGCACUUCGAUCUUGACCCUAGAAAUGUUCUUUUGGCUAACAGAUCCAUGCUUCACGGCAACUUCCCUACUUUCAAGAUUGCCGACUUCGGAUUAACCGAGUUCUUCAGCGAGUACGCGAAUGACCCCACACACUUCGACAAGGAGUUUUUCUGGCACUGUCGUGUUAGAGGAAAGCCCAUUUACUACGCACCCGAACAAUUUACCAGCGAGUGGGAGCAGGUGAACGACUUCAUCGACGACGACGGCGUCAACCAUUUCGUGGCCGACGAUGGAACGAAGCCACCAGUUGCUGGAAAUUACGGAAUGCACACAAACAUCUACCAGGUGGGCAUCAUUAUCUGGUGCGCCAUCACUCUCUGUUCAUUCCAUCAGUCUGCCAUUCGAGUCCCUUACAGUGAUGCUUGGGGACGAGACAUCACUACCUACGGAGGCGCCCUGCAGAGUGCAAAGUUCAACAACAUUGAUCCCGAGCUCAAAGACCUGGUACAGAGAUGCAUGGCCCAUAACCCCUGUGAUCGCCCGGAUCUGAGAGAGCUGGUUGCCACGAUCAACAAUCGUCUCGCCAGGAACGACCAGGAGUCGGACGAUGCUCUGGCCGCGUGGUCCCAAGACUUCUUCUCAACUCCUCGCGUCCCUGGUGACGAGCCCCCUCGGGUCAAGCGUGAACGCGAGGACGAAGGGGACGACGCGGAAGGCGAUGCUGGAAGGAGCGCAGUCCGGCGUGCGGUCGACGACGGCAGCGGGAAUCCGGUUGCACUGGACGUCCAGAGGGUGCAGACAUGGCAACAAGGAGUCCCCGAAGAGCCGCUGCUCCUCGACGUUUUCCAGCCGCCGGUCCAACCUCAGUCUGUGCAGGGAAACAAUCUUCUCGGACAAUCAUCUAACAACCGCCCCGUCGUCGCCCCAGGCUACCCGGCCCUAUCUCCAAUGCCCAUGAUCAAGGAGGGAUCCUCGGCGGCCGCACCUGUGUUCGUCGGCCUCAACAACCAGUACAAUCAACCUGCUGCUGUCAACCCGCCUGGCGGCUUUGGCGGGAGAGUCCAAGGGGCACCGCAGGCGCAGUGGCAACCGCAGAUGCCAGCCAUGCAGCCCGACAACGUCAACAACAACUACAUGUUCAACUAUGCCGCGCCGGAUCCCAUGGUACAGAAUCCCCGUAUAGAAGCUCAAGCAGGUCUAGCGGCAUACCUUCAGGCGCAGACAGUUCAGGAUGCGGGACAGAUUCCGUGGAACGCGUAUGCACCGCCAGGUGAGCCUUUUGUUCCUCAGCCAUUGAUUCCGAAUAUCCAACUCCCUCGGCCUGGAGCUAUACAGCCUCAGUUUGCGGCGCCUGCUGAUCCUGACCCGUACGCCCAAGUCUGGCGUUUGAACUCUGUUCACCAACAGCCUGCUGAUCCUGCUCCAUAUGCUCAAGUCGGGCGACUGGGUCUCACGCGGCAAGCGCAGCAGGAGCGGCAGCAGUGGCAGCAACAGUGGCAACAGCGGCAGCAACAGCAAGAGCAACGUCAACAGCAGCAGAAUCAGUACAUCCAGGACCCUGGCCCUUCUAGGCAGCCUCAAAUGCAGAUGCAGUAUCUUCUCCAGGAUGCUCAGGAACAAAACAUUGGAGGUGGCCCCGACGAGAUGGAUAUUUUUGACGAGUUUGUCAAUAACCCCGACGCCAUGGACCAGAAUUGA